AUGGGACAUUACCGCUUUUGCAUUGAUCGAAAGAAUGCAAUAGGACAUUACCGCUUUUGCAUUGAUCGAAAGAAUGCAAUGGGACAUUACCGCUUUUGCAUUGAUCGAAAGAAUGCAAUAGGACAUUACCGCUUUUGCAUUGAUCGAAAGAAUGCAAUGGGACAUUACCGCUUUUGCAUUGAUCGAAAGAAUGCAAUAGGACAUUACCGCUUUUGCAUUGAUCGAAAGAAUGCAUUAGGACAUUACCGCUUUUGCAUUGAUCGAAAGAAUGCAAUGGGACAUUACCGCUUUUGCAUUGAUCGAAAGAAUGCAAUAGGACAUUACCGCUUUUGCAUUGAUCGAAAAAUGCAAUAG